AUGGUGAGGAUCGUGAGGUUGUUGGUAGCGUUGGCGGGGUUGGGAUGUACGAUCGGAUGCGGCGUGCACGCGGAAGUGACGACCUGCCAGACGCGUGCCGCCAAUCCGCAGCAAGGCCGGUGCGUGCCGGUGUCCAAGUGUCCCGCGAUCAAGCAGCAUCUGCUGCGGCUUCAGUUCCGCUCGGCGGAUCAGUUUGAGGCGUUCCUGAUCGAGCGAUCGUGCAGCUACGGUCGGGAUGGGACGCUGCAUGUGUGCUGCACGGGGAAGCUGGUGGAGCGUCAGAAGGCGUUGAAGGCGAACGACAAGCACGACUGCGAGGAACCGUGCGUCCCGAUCGAGGACUGUCCGGCGGUGUACGGGCGCAGUAUGGUGCUGCAGAAGCGGUACGAUCGAUCGCUGCACCGGCAGCUGCGAGACGGAUUCUGCCACGAGCAGCCCAACGGUCAGCUGUUUGUGUGCUGCGAUCCGGAGCGGUACGCCAACAGUUCCGCCAGCGCUGGCACGCGCCAACUGGCGAAGAAAGUCAGCUGGCAGUCCUGUACGACGCCGUUCGGGGAUGAGGGAAAGUGCGUACCGCCGGCCCGCUGCGCCAUGGUGGACGAUCCGGACACGAUCGGCUCGGAGCUGGAGGCGUUCACGAUCGGAUGCGAUCCGGUGGCGAAUCAGUCGCAGCUGUGCUGCACCGAGUCGCUUCUUCUGUUCGACCAGGACGCCGGGGUCGAGUGUGAGACGGAUGCUGGAGCUCCGGGCGUGUGCAGCGAGUCCGAGCGCUGCCUGGACUUCAUCGAGGCGACCGAACAGGACAGCUACGUUCGCCGGAACUGGUGCUACACGAACCUCCAGCAGGUGGACUAUCUCUGCUGUGCGUCGGAUCGCAUCAAGGAAGCACCGCCGCUGGAGUUUGGCAUUCGGGCCGGGGAGGAUCCGGUAGCCUGCUCGACUCCAAUCAACCGACCCGGGUUCUGCGUUCCCCUGGCGCAGUGUGGACCGGUUGCGCGGUUGCUACGUCUCAUAUCGGAACGAGGGACUACAGCAACCCCGGACGAGGGUCGUUUCCUGCGUGGCUCACUGUGUGCCACCCCGGCUGGGGCUACCGGAUAUCAUGUCUGCUGUGAUGCCACGGCAGUGCAAACGACAACCACGGCGGCUCCAGCUCCGGCUUCCUCCCCAGCUCCAGCCACCGCAACCUCUGGCGGACUACUUUCUCACCCCAAUAUGCGACUCUUUGAUAGAAACAACUGUGGCCUACCCGGGACAGUAAACAAGAUCGCCUUCGGUCAACAGGCUCGUCUCUUCCAGUAUCCCUGGAUGGCGAUGAUUGUGUACGCGUCCAGCACCGGCACGGAGGGGUCCGAGUGUGCCGGCACGGUUAUUAACGUGCGCUACGUUCUGACGGCGGCACAUUGCAUCGAUGGCCAGAUGGAGCGACUGCGGUAUGUUCGUAUUGGAGAGUAUGACACUCGGACCGAUCCCGACUGCGAGGACGAUGCCUGUGCUGCGCCCAUACAACGGUACGGUGUUGAGGACGCUGUCAUCAAUCCGAACUUCACGCGAAUCGUACGCUCCGGACACGACAUCGGGUUGUUGAGGAUGAACCGGACCAUUGACUUCUCCUCAGGGGAUGUGGCCCCAGUUUGUCUGCCCUUCACAAGUGGUCUGAUGGGCUUCGACCCGACGCUCUACUGGAUCACCGGUUGGGGUCUGACGGAGCGGCUCGAGGUCAGCCCGGUGCUUCUACAAGCGCGCAUCCCUCCGGUGUCGUGCAGUUUAAACAAUUACGCCAUCUGCGCAGGGUUCGGCAACGCUACAUUGCACUGUGAGGGCGACUCCGGAGGACCGAUGAAGGCGCAGGUACCCGAGUACAACUUCCGCUUCGUGCAGUUUGGCGUCAUUUCGGCCGGGCCUCGCUGUGGCGCACAGGGCGUCCCGGGCAUAAGCUCCCGGGUGUCUUACUUCAUGCAAUGGAUAUUGGAUAAUAUAAGGGCAUAA